GUGUGUUCGAACCUAAACAAGUGCGUCUGCAACCGCGGCUGGACUGGGCCAGACUGUUCGCAACACGACGCGCUCCCGCCAUCGCCCACGCCGUGGGUACCCGACAACGCCACCAAAGCCGCCUACAACAUGACCAAGAAGGAAACACCGUAUGAGAACUACCACGGCUCGAACACGGUGUUCCUCGUGGCGGUGCUCAUGUCUGUGGUAGGGGGGGUAUUCAUAGUAUUUGCCCUGAGCGCUCUCUGCUACAGGAAAAAGAGUACGCUGCCGAAGUACGACCCUCCCUACGUCAAGAAACCAAUCGCCAAGAGCUUCGCUGCGGGCUCCACCACGUCCAACAACUCGCAAGAGGACAUCUCUCUGGAUGGAGGGAAGAUGCACUCCUUCAACAACACAUUUAGAAACCUGUUAAGCCGCGGGGACUCUCAGCGGGUUAUAUUCAGACAUGGAAACCACAUGUCUGGAGCAGGCAGUACUAGUAGAUACCCGGACCACAAACAAAUGAAACGUGUUCAUUCUGGCAGUGAAGAUGAGCCUACUCAUUCAGGCGAAGAAGACAUAGCGUUCAUAGAUGUAGCGCCCAACUCGAUGGCCAAGCUGCCGGAGAAGGGCAUCCUGAAGAAGCACGGCUACGGCGCCGUGGACGGCAAGGACAAGUGGGGCGACGACUCGCAGUCCGAGCAGCUGGAGGCCGGCUCGCAGUCCGACGGCCAGGAGCCCGCGGGCGCCGUAGCUGAUAUGGAGUAUAAGUUUAAGGAUCUGAACGGCUACCACGAGAACAUAAUCGUGGCGCUGAAGACGGCGGCUGCGCAACGCGCGAGCGCGGGCGCGGCGAGUGGCUCGGGCGACCUGCGCGCGCUACAAGACUACGAGUACAAGCGCGAACGCGCGCCCAGCGCGGAGAAGAUACACGAGGCUGAGCUGCGAAGACAACGCGGCGACGAGGAGGAAGACGAGGCGCCUCAAUGCGGGCCGAUCCGGAUCCGCAACCUGGAGGACCUGAUCCGGCAGCUGGAGCACCACUCCAGCCGGCACAUGAGCCCGUCCGGCUCCGAAGACAUUCGCAUGUCCGAGACCGAGGCCGACCGCCACUACCGGAUCGAGCCCGGGGAAGUCCCACCUCGUGUCUCGCCUUCCAGCCGCUGCCGCGGUCGCAUGCCGGGCGAGGAAGAAUCGCGGUUCGGCUACCCGCGCUUCCGCGGCAGCGGCCGCCACCACCCGCCGCUGUUCCCCGCGCCCCCCGCCGCCGCGCCGCACGCGUCCCACGCGCCGCACGCGCUCGCGCACUCACCGCAUUCGCAUUCGCACGCGCACGCUCGCGUGGACGACGACGCGCUGUAUGAAACGGCUGAUGCGGAACGGCUGCGCGACGCGCCUGAUAGCGAGAGUGAUGAAUUUAUUCAAGCUCAACAACAGUUAGCCCGGUGGGCGAGUGAAGACGCGGUGGGCGCCGGGGGCGAGGGCGGGGGCGGGGGCGGGGGCGGCGGGGGGGGCGGGCGCCGCUACCUGCCGUCGCCCGGCGGCUCCACCAGCAGCGACGCCACGCUGCGCGCCGCACACGCGCCCGCGCUACCCGAGUACAAACACUGA